UCUCCGCGCCCACCGGCCGCAUCAGCGCCUCUGCGCAGCUGGCGCUCCCCCGCAGGAGCAGCUCGUCGAGGUGCCGGAGAUCGUCGUCCAGGAGGGAGGCUGAUCAAGCAGGUGCCCAGGUACGAGGUCGAGCAGGUGCGGAAGGAGAGAUCGCCGUGCCAAGGUAUGAAAUGGUCGAGAGCGUGGUGGAGGUGCCGCAGUCCGAGGUCGUCGAGAACCCGGUGGAGGUGCCCGAGAUCGAGUACUGCGAGGUCAUCAAGCAGGUGCCCAAGUACGAGAUCCGGUACGUGGACAAGACGGUGGUGAAGCACCAGGUAGAGUACAUCGAAAAGCUCGUCGAGG